GUUGCGGACCCCUCUGCCCCUGACGACUCGGGGGUUGGACUAACUACUCCAGAACAGAUGCGUCAAUUAAAUGCACAAAUAGCAGCUUACAAGAUGCUAGCCAGAAAUGAACCAUUACCCAGACAAUUAUUGAACCAAGCGAAUGACAGAAAGAAUGAUUCAAAUGCACUCCCGCUUCCAUAUGAAUAUCCUUAUGAACUCCCUAAUGGCGAAAAGCUUCCUUAUGAUUUGAGCAAAAUAUUGGCCAUCCAUCAACAGAGAACCACAAAUCGAACAACUACAUUACCGCUUCCACAAGGGAUUGACCCAGAAGUUAUUUGGCAAUUCAAAAUCGAAUUGCUCUUCGAAUAAA